GUGACUUCUCGUGAAAUCUCGCGAGGGCUGACUCAGACGAGAACACAGCACGGAAAACAUGACGUCUUGUCAACAGCACUAACAAGACAUGCCAUAGGGUCACACCAAAUAGUCACCCAGCCAUCAGUGCCCACAUCCCACCAUCCCCAUGACAACCCCUCCUCUGGCCCAGUUCCCUGGGCAACAGGCUCAGGCAGCUCGGGAUGUGAACACAGCCUCGCUCUGUCGGAUCGGACAGGAGACGGUGCAGGACAUCGUCUUACGAACCAUGGAGAUCUUUCAGCUGCUGAGAAACAUGCAGCUGCCGAAUGGAGUCACCUAUCAUCCUAACACUCAUCAGGACCGGUUGGGGAAACUGCAGGAGCACUUGCGGAUGCUCUCCGUUCUUUUCCGCAAGCUCCGUCUCGUCUAUGACAAAUGCAAUGAAAAUUGUGCUGGCCUGGACCCCAUCCCUCCUGAGCAGCUUAUCCCAUAUGUAGAGGAUGAGAGUUCUAAACUGGAUGACCGAAUGGCCAAUCAAAUGCGUGCAACCAGCGAUGAGAGAAGAGAAGUACUGGAAGUAAAUAAGAAACUCAAACAGAAGAACCAGCAGCUGAAGAUGAUUAUGGACCAACUCAGAAACCUCAUCUGGGAGAUCAACUCCAUGCUGGCUGUCAGGAGCUGAAACACACACUCACAAACACGUGUGCAGUCAUACACUGUUGUACAUACACUGCCUGUAUUCGCUGCAUUCAUGAGCUGUUUUCAGCGGGACACGUAAGACAGAUGCAGGAAAGAGCAGCGAGGCACAAAAUUGAGAGAAGGUAGGAAGCGAAAAGAGUGGACUGGACUGAAGAAAUUCUGCUACAUUCAUAACACACGGUUGAAAUACCAAUUCGGUUCAGCUGUCUUGGAUUCAAUUUUCAACCUGAUGAACAUUAGGAGGUCUGAGCAGUCUGCUCAUUCACUCAGAUAUGCUUUAAAAUGAACCUUUUACGCAAGUAUACUCAUAUUUUGCAUGAGCGAUGGCUGCUAUUUACGGUUAAACUGUAUAGUAUAGUUAUAGUUCAAUCAUAACUUACAGAAAAAUAUUGUAUGAAACAUUGCAUAUUAGUGUGGUGCUAUAUCUAUUAAGUAUAAACAUAUACCAAUGCUUGUCUCGACUUCUAUUUAAAAAAAAAAAAAAAAUCAAGAACAAAUGGUCAGAUUUUAAUAUUAGAUAUAAAAGCAUCCUAUUCAAAAAGAAAAAAAAUGCACAGCUGUCUACAGUAACCGCACAAUCAAUAGUGCUAAAUUCCAGCAUGUAUGGUUCAAUAUACCCUACAUUAUUUGUAAUCCCUAAUCUGUAACCUCUAAUCGGAAAAAAACAUGCAAUUCAUGUCGUUAUAGCAUCAAAUAUGACUUUAUUCAUUUUCUUAUAAAUCAUUCAUACAAAAUUGGCAUUUUGCAAUUUCUUUAUUACCUCUAU